AUGGGCCACAACACCCAGUUCUACCGCUCCCAGGUGGGCGAGUCCUCCGUCAUAGACUACUCUCACACCGACUUCCCCUGGAGGCUCUUCGUUAAGGACGUCUACUACUUCUUCGUCUACAUCUGGGCUCUGCCAUGGAUCGUCUGGCCGUUGUUUCCCUCUGGCCCUAAAGAGUUCAAUGAGCUGGCCAUCACCCCCGAGAACCUCUUCUGCAUUUUCAUCCACCUCAUCCUCGGAAUCCUGCAGCUGCUGUUCCUCGUGGGCCUCCCGUUUUCUAUCUUCUUCCCGGUGUGGAUGGUGGCCGCGGGAAUAGCUGUCUUCAUGGUUGUGAACUGGGGCCUCUGUAGGCUGCUCAACGGAAACACCGACACAUAUUGCUCAGAUGAAAAGUACGUCAAGGCGCUUCCCCAGCACGCACAUGAGCAAUGGGUCUUCCUAAACGGAGUCGCUGUCGGCGAGCACUGGAUGAAGGGCAACCUAAACCGGCUCGCCCUUACCUUUGGGCGUCCAGUUCUAGGAAUCCACAACCGAACCUCUGGCGUCGUCUUUGACGUUAUUGAGUGCUUGAUCCAGCGCAACUUUGGCUACGCCACGGGAGACAUUCGCAUCUGCUUCAAGGUUGUCAGGGAUGUCCUCUAUGAUCCUCGCAAGUCCAAGGUCAUCUUCGUUUUGCACUCCCAAGGAGGAAUCGAGGGCAGUCUUGUGCUUGACUGGCUCUUGCAAGAGCUUCCCCAGGACUUGCUGGCAAAGCUUGAGGUUUACACCUUUGGCAAUGCCGCGAACCACUUUAACAACCCACAUCGCCAUAUCACUUCCCAGAUUCUCUCCCACAAGCCUUGGACCGCAAUGAAUACCGUAAUGACAGAAACGACCCAUGAAUCUCCCGCCGGCAGCCCGCAAGACACCAAACAGGGAAUCAAGGUUCACAUCCCUCCCACUUUGGAGAAGGCCCCAUCUUUCUCUUCAAGUCGGUCUGUCUCAGCUGCCAAGGAUAGGGCCAUUGGCCAUAUCGAACACUACGCUCACAACACCGAUUUUGUCGCCAUGUGGGGCGUCCUGCACUUUGCAACGAAUCGCAUGGGCUCAAGAGAGCUUCCUCGGUUUCUCGGCAGGCUGUUCGCUCGUGCUAAUGGACGUGGAGGGCAUCAACUAAACCAGCAUUACCUUGACGGCAUGUUCCCGCUGAAGUUCAACGAGAAGACCAAAAUGUACGAUGGAGCUGACGACAACAACGAGUUCAUGAACGAAGUCAUUAAGAUUGGCGAGGAGGGUGAUGCGAUGGCUAAUGCCCGCGAGGCAUUUGAGAUUAGCUGGGCCGGCACACAUGGCUUUGGAUCUGGUGAAAUCUCGACCCCGGUGGAGGUUCACGGCCUCUCAAAGAAGAAGCUCGCCGGCGAAGUCAAGGUGAAGGAUCUCAGCCGACUGUGGUGCUACCGGAACGGGAGAAGCCCCAAGGAAGGUGGAAUCAUGCGAACUUCGACCCUGUAG